UCAUAGUAACCUUACAGAGACAGUUUCGGUAUUUACAGAAGAGCCUGUUCCACAUGCGGCCGACUGGGAGUCCACGGCGCCCUCCUAAUCGCUCGUCCCGCAGAGAACACCGCAAUGGCGCCCCUGUCGCGGUCCCUUUCGUCUCUGGUGAAACACACGGAGUGUCUGUGGAGAGUGGGUCUCUUCCGUAGCUUCACGCCCAACCACGCGUUCAGGUCUGGCUGGUGGAAGAGGAAUUUCAAGGCAGUCUGCUGCGGAGGAGCCGGUGUCCAGCCGCUGUUACAGCAGCGCGGAGCCAGAAACUGCGCAGCAUCUGUGAGCAGCAGCUCCUCAGAUGGUCAGGACACCACAGAGAGGCUGUGGUCUGUUUACAGUGAGACGAAGAGACAGACAGAGGUAAUAUCCACCAGCGCCGUUGAUCCCGACACCAUUUUUGCAAACAAUGAGAUGAGCCUGCGAGACAUCGAGAUCUACGGCUUCGACUAUGACUACACCCUGGCCUUCUACUCCAGCCACCUCCACACACUCAUCUUUAACAUAGCGCGGGACAUUCUCAUCAACAACCACCGGUAUCCAGAGGAUUUGCGGAAGUAUGAAUAUAUUCCAGAUUUUGCAGUAAGAGGGCUUCACUACGAUGUCCAGAAGGCACUGCUGAUGAAGAUAGAUGCCUUUCAUUACAUCCAGCUGGGAACUGUUUACAGAGGUCUUCAUCCAAUGCCUGACGAGGAAGUCGUCGCCAUGUAUGAAGGCUCCCAUGUUCCUCUUGAGAUUAUGAGUGACUUCUAUGGCAAGAGUAUACAUGGCCACACUAUGAAACAGUUCAUGGACAUAUUCUCGCUGCCGGAGAUGACACUCCUCUCUUGUGUCAACGACUUCUUCAUGAGGCACAACAUCGAUUACGAGCCCGUCCAUCUCUACAAAGACGUAAAGGAAGCUAUCAGAGAUGUCCAUGUCAAGGGCAUUAUGUAUCGAGCUGUGGAGGCGGAUAUUGGAAAAUACAUUUGCUAUGGUGAGCAAAGCCAUGCUGUGUUGAAGAAGCUGUCGGCGCACGGAAAGAAGAUGUUUCUCAUCACCAACAGCCCUUUUGAUUUUGUGGACCGUGGAAUGAGCUACAUUGUGGGAAAAGACUGGAGAGACUUGUUUGACGUCGUUAUUGUCCAGGCCGAUAAACCUAGUUUCUUCAACGACAGAAGAAAACCCUUCAGGCGAGUGACAGACAAAGGUGUGUUACUGUGGGACAGGAUUCACAGGCUGGAGAAAGGGGAGAUCUACAAGCAGGGAAACCUCUAUGAGUUCCUCAGACUCACUGGCUGGAGGGGAUCCAAAGUGCUUUACUUUGGAGAUCACAUUUACAGUGACUUGGCAGAUUUAACUCUGAAACACGGCUGGAGGACAGGCGCCAUCAUCCCUGAGCUGCGGAAGGAGAUAAAGAUCAUGAACACGCCGCAGUACGUCCACAUGAUGACCUGGUUACAGGCUCUGACCGUACUGAUCGAACAGAUGCAGGCGCACCGGGAUCCAGCAACCCAAGCUGUCGUCGAGGAGUGGAUCAAAGAAAGAGAAGCCAUGAAGCCGCAGACGAAGGACAUCUUCAACGCUCAGUUCGGCAGCCUCUUCCGCACCUACCACAAUCCCACCUACUUCUCACGGCGACUCUCCCGCUUCGCCGACAUCUACAUGGCCUCUAUCAGCUGCAUGCUCAACUAUGACCUCCAGCACACCUUUUUCCCUCGACGCACUCCUUUGCAGCACGAGGCGCCCCUUUGGCCGGAACAAAAUUCUUCCGGAUUUGGGGUCUCUUCUUCUUCUUCUCCCCCUCCUCCUGCUCCUCCUCUAACGCCUCAGGACCGAAGCAGAGUCUGAUCACACAGGGAAGUGUAAGAGUUAAAGAUUGAACAGUCAGUCUCUUAACUUAAUGCUUUAAGAAGUGUAUUUCAGUAGUAGUUUGUGUUUUAAAUGGGCAUAUAUCUAUUUUUUUUCUUUUUUACCUCAACUGUGUUCAGGCUUGUAGAUCAUGAGUUAUCUUCCUUUCCAUGUCUAAAGUAUAAGGCAAAAUAAUGUGAAAGAAACAAACCAAGUACAAGGCAGCCGAGAACUCAGCCGAAAGUUGCCAAAGAGCAAUAAAGUUGAGUCAAGAAUGGCAUAAAACAAUGAAAGACAUCAGUGAUUUCAACAAAAUUACCAGCUCAUAAAGGGAAGAUUCAUGGAGAUUUGUCCAAGGAGAAGAUGAAAGUCGGGAGAAAUCUGAGCGCAGUAACCUGAACAAGUUCUGCAUAAGUGCUUGUGACAAAAAGCAUAAAUCAAAGCAC